CUUGUUUGAAUAUUUAACUAUUCUCUAGGGUGUACGUAGUCUUUCCGUCUCAUACACACAUACCGAAUUAUUACAUGGAGAAAUCCAUGAUGGUGGCCCUAAGAUGCGGGUAAGAAGUUUCGAAUCCAGAGUCUUAUAAAUAUCAUAAGGUCUUAAGAAUCACUUAAUAAAGUGUAUGCAAUUUGUGUUUGUAAAAUGCAAUUUUAACCCUAGUUUGGACCUUGUGAAAAAGGAAUAUCCCAUGUGAUUUUUUUUGGUUUUAACUAUUAAUCUAAUUUUUUAUUCACCAAUCACAGUCGAUCAUAUUACAUACAGUUGUGGCAAAAACCGUAACAAAAAAGUUACAUAUCUAAAUUUGUUGUUUGUAUGAUAAAUAAAUUGAAAUUUCCUUGAUUUGCUUUACAGGCAGUAACAAUGAGGAAAUACGCUGCUCAUCUCUCACUUACAACACUUGUUUGCUUCAUAGGCACACUACAGUCUAUAGUUGUCACUUUUGUUAUGGAGCACAGGCACUCAGUUUGGACCAUUGGAUGGGACAUGAAUCUUCUAGCUGCUGCCUACGCUGGUAUAGUGUCAUCAAGCAUUGCAUACUAUGUCCAAGGAUUGGUCAUGCAGAAAAGAGGACCUGUCUUUGUUACUGCCUUUAGCCCUCUGAUGAUGAUCAUUGUUGCUAUGAUGGGCUCUUUUAUCCCUGCUGAAUAGAUUUAUGUCGGAGGGUAGGUUUUCUUUACUCAUAUUUAUCUCAAUAAAACUAUAUAUUUAUGUACAAUUUCCCACAAUUAAUUAAAAUAACAUUUCAAAAAUCUCUUCUUCUUCUUCUU